UGAGGCAGUUCUGGAAUUCAUGUCUCUUGGUGGCACACAGGUCACCAAUCUACACACAUUCUUCAAUAAGUUCUGGUCCGCCAUCAUGAAAUUGGAGAUGGUGGAUGCUUCCCCCUCAGAUGUGUGGAUAUUUGAUACCUUCUACUCAGUCCUACCCAACAAUUGGAGGAAUUAUGUUCAGAAGAAGGUAGAGGAGAUACAGGAUUUCAAAUCCACAGCUGUGGUAUUGGAUGUUGAUCUUCUCAUGAAGGAAAUCUGUUCGCGGCUUGAUCCUCCAAAAGAUAAAAAGAAUCUGCAGAAUAUAGAUUCUGCGGCCAACACAGCUACGACAGCUACAACAGAUACAACGACCACUACAUCUACCAAUUCUAACAACAAUACAUCGAAUUCAGCCCGUGGAGGCCGUACUGGACGUGGUUGUGGUAGUACUCAAGGGGGAUCGGGAAACCCACCUACAUGUCCUGAAUACAGUGCUCCAGAUAAUUGGAGGAUCUACAACGCUGCGAGGAUAAAGGAAUUCAAAGAAAAGAAGAAAAAGAACAAUAGUGAGGGUGGGACUCAACUAUUCAUUACAGAUGAUUCAGAGACCUUUCAGAUGACAAACCUCGCAGAGGUUAUCAAUGUGUCAGCCUGUUUUGUGGAACCUCACAAGGAUCCCUCCAACGGGCGUUUAUACAUAUCAAAAGACGUCAUCUUCCAGGAGGACCUCCAUCUUGCUGAUUCAUCGAUACCGACUACUCCACACAACCUGAAGGUCAUACCCAAUGCAGCCUGCAAAGCGGCUGCGGCGAUUCCUUCAGUGACACCAGGCCUACUGACUGCGGCCCAUAAAGAGACUGCAGCGAUUCCUGAUCCAUCAAUUGAUAAUCUAUUCAUUGAUGAGGAAAUUCAACCUGAGUGUCCAUUAUUUCUCGUACUCACUAAUAAUUGGUGGAUUGACUAUGAUAUCUCCGCGAGAAUACCUACCCUUUUAGUGCAGAAUACACUGAACUCCCCGGAACCCACAGUUGAAUCAACAGUGGGGGAAUCUUCAGUGGGGGACAGUCUUGAAGACCUACCCACCGAUCCCGAGAUCGCUGCACUUCUGAUCCCGAAAAACCUCACGCGCGCCAAAGCUUCCAUGGAAUGGAAGUAUUAUUACAAGGCCUGUGUUAAAGAGGUCAACUGUUUGAAAUAUACGCGUUGGAAGGAGAUUAUGAAGAUGAAGGGAUAGGGGGAUAAAAAAUGAUGUAUAUCAUGACUGGUUUUUCAUUACUUCACAUUUUCCAGUCAUUUUUU